UUUGCUUUGUUGUUUUCUUCCUUUCGCGUUUUUCCUGAUUUUUGGCCACAACAAUGUGCUAGGACUCCUUAGUUUGCAUUUUUCUGAAUCCAAUCCCACAAGAUGAGCAGCCGAAGCCACUACGGACCUCCCCGGGACUCCGACUCGGACAGCAGCUACGAUGGCUUCUACUUCUCGGAUGAUAGGAAACGCUCGAAGCCCGCACCUUAUGUGGAUCCCGAGCAAAAGCUCUACAAUGCGGUGCUCGACGGAGAUCUACAGACGAUGCGGGAGGAGAUGCAGAAGCUCGUCUUCCAGGUGGACCAGACCGUGAAGGGAGGCCCCAACUUGCUGAUGCUCGCCUGUCGCGAAGGACACUACGAAAUUGUUGAGUGGUUGGUGGAGAAGGCAAAGGCCAACGUAAACCGGCAGCUGGACUCGGUGAUGCCGCUGAUGAUGGCUUGCGACAGCCAAAACAAGGAUCCGUAUGUGGCGGAGAAAAUAGUGCGCCUCCUCCUGCGCCACGGGGCCGUGGUCAACGUGUCCGACAAAUACGGAAUGACACCCUUUAUGUUCGCCUGCCAGAACGGCUUCACCGGCGUGGUGCGCCUCCUGAUCAAGGACGUCAGCUUCGAUGCAGUGGACAAUCAGGGCUGCACGCCAAUCUUCCAUGCCAUCGAAAAGAAUCACGUGGAGGUCGUCAAGCUGCUGGUGGAAGCAGGCGUCAAUGCCACGAUAGCUAACAACAAGGGAUACACGCCCACCCAGGUGGCUGAGUGCCACGGAUACUACGAUCUGCUGGAGAUCCUGCCGCGUCCAGCCUCCACCUACCUGGUGCCCACCCACUUCCUGGGCUACAACACGCUAAGGGAUCACAUUCCACGCAUCUUCCUGAAAAGUGACUGCCCGGAGUAUUUCCAGGAGUUGAACGGCAUCCUGCAGUCCAUCAAUGUGGGAAAUAUGGUUCAGCAUUUUGCCAUCGCACGGACCUCGCUGGCCGAGUUCCUGGUCAUGGAUGAGGAGUCUCUCCGAAAGGUGGGCAUCGAGUAUCCCAUCUACCGUCACAAAAUAUUGAAGGGCAUUCUGGACUUCCAUCUUCAUCAUUGGUGUAACUCGUCGAUUGCUCGAGUCAAGGAAAAGGACAUGGACAACUUUUACGAGAUUCUAAUGAUCGCCGCCAAUCAUCUGCAACAUUUGGUUAUCAUUCAGGCCUCUUUGCGAUUCGUAUUGAAGAACCAAGAAGAAAACCAAAUGGGGCAUCCUAACGAGACGCAGCUGGCCACUAUAAAGACCAAUGUUCAGGGAUAUCGCGAUGUGCUCAACCAAAUAACAAAGACCGUAAAAUACCUUGGGUCGUUCAGUCCCCCACAGAAUCCUCUUUUCAUUGACUUUAACGAAAUCCUGGCCGAGAGGAAGCGCAAGAAGGUGCGCAACUACUUCAAAUACACCACCAUUAUCCUCGGAAUCUCAGUUUUCAUUUGCCUCAAGUGCAAGUGGUUCUCAUAGUAUUCGUAUCGCUGCAUUUCCAGAAUCAUUUUUAACAAUGCUUUACAAAUAACGUUGUUUUCCAUACCACUUGGUGAAUCGGAAUUCAUUUGUUUUUCCAAAUCAAAAUAGUUUUAGUUGAGAAAAGUAUUUAGUUUAACUCAAAUUUCCUUUAAAGUUUCUCUAAAAUACCACUUGGUGAAUCGGAAUUCAUUUGUUUUUCCAAAUCAAAAUAUUUUUAGUUGAGAAAAGUAUUUAAGUUUAACUCAAAUUUCCUUUAAAGUUUCUUUAAAGUAGACAAUUUACUGUUGAAAAACGUGUAAUCUCAAAUUACACAUUUAAGUUUAACAUAAGUAAUAAACUAUAAAUAUAUUGUUGAGACAAUAGAAGUUCAAGAGUAAUGAAAUGAAAUGUAUCAAAUGUUACCUGAAACUCGAAAAAAUACCUGAACUUAAAAAAAAGAGUAUAUAAAAGAUAAAAUCUGAAGUUAAAGAAGAAACUCACAAUAACUUUAACUUACUUUAUAAAAGUAGCUUUAGGCGUAAAGAAGUACCAACAUAAACUAGUGUUAUUUGUAUUAACCGAUUAAUAAAGGAGUUGUUAUUAAAUG